UAAAGACAGCUGUUUGUGUUUGUAGCUUCUUGUAGCAGAAGAGAGUAUUGAAGUCAUGAUGUUUUGUACUUAGAGAUGUUUUGUGAAUUAUUUUAAAAUAACGACUAAAAUGUCAAUAUUUGUGAAAGAUCCGUGCGGUUUCAUAUGUAUAACAUUGACUUAUGUUUCUAUAUUCUAUGCAGACUAUGUAGUGGUUCGAUGGGUGAUUAUGCAAACUAUGCAGGACAGCUUAUGGGCACCAUUCCAUGUGAUUUUGUUCAACUCAGUAAUAUUUCUGCUGUCCUUCUCACACCUCCGCGCCAUGUGUUCUGACCCGGGAGCAGUGCCCUUGCCUCAGAAUCGGAUGGAUUUUUCUGAUGUUCAUUCUGGCUCAGAAACAUUACUUCAACACGAAGACUGGACAGUUUGCACCCGAUGCGAAACCUAUCGCCCGCCCCGGGCGCACCACUGUCGCAUUUGCAAACGAUGCAUUAGACGAAUGGACCAUCACUGUCCUUGGAUAAACAACUGUGUUGGUGAACAAAACCAGAGAUAUUUCAUCCAGUUCCUCAUCUACGUUGGCGUGCUGUCGAUUUAUGCGAUUGUUCUGGUGGUCGUGUCGUGGGUGAGGGCUUGUCCAGAGUGCAGUUCCGAAGUCAGUCUAAAGCAGACCAGAAUGCUGCAUUCGGUGAUCCUGGUGCUGGAGAGUUCUCUGUUCGGCAUGUUUGUGUUGGCAAUCCUGUACGAUCAGCUGGAGGCGAUCGCCAACGACGAGACGACCAUAGAGCAGCUGCAGAACAGCUAUGCGGGCAAGGGUGGCAUGAGUGUGCACAAGACCAUCAUGAGCACUCUAUGUCGGUUGCCCUGCUACAACACGGCGCAGAUUGCCAAGACAACUGGCGGGGUGCAUUCUGUCUGAGUGGCUGCCAAUGUGCACUGCACUAUUGCCUGUUUCAAGUUCUGGUCGCUGCCAGUAGUCAAUGCGACAAGACUUCCGGAUGAAGUAUGAAAAGACGCAGCUGUCUUCUCCAAUACUCUACAGAUAAGUCACCGCCGUAACGUCGAGUCGAUAUUCAGUCCAAAACGCACGAUUACAAGGUAUUUUUGUAUUAUCACCGUCACGAUAGUUGAGACUUAGUUAGGGAUGACAACUGGGAGCUAGUUGGCGAAAAUGCCUGACUUUGAGAACUGCUUUCCAUUUCUAGUUAUAAUAACAUUAUCAAAGAAUCAUGAUAUCAUAAGUGUAGACUGUCGAGAAUUGUAUUGUAAUUAGUAUGAUUGCACAUGAAUAUUUUAUCAAUAAUUAUUAAAAAGACCUUAUCAUGCUUUUGAUAUGAAGAGAAGAAUGGGAACUUGAACAAUGUAUUAUACUAGCAUUUACAACACAGUUCUUAUGCAAUGUUAUAUUUUAAUGUGACUUUUCAUUUGAGAUUGUGAGUAGAACUUAUUAUUAGAAGACAGGUUUUGUGUAAAUGUAUGUACUUUCAAAUUAAAUAUUAUUAAUAAGUAACAAUGAUUUGAGUUGUCAAAUUAAAAAUGUGUGUACAUUCUCAUUUCGUUGUAUUGGUCUAAACUGUGAAUUGAUAAUUCUCAAAUUUACUAAUAAAUACUACAAUCAUUACUGUAUAAUGACGUGUACAAAGUAUUAAUUAUUAUUCACAACAUUGUGGAGAAUCAAUUACGUUGGGAAUACUUUAUUCUAUUAAUGGAGUAUUUGUUGUGGCUUUUACGGUAUCUUUACUACUUGUCAAUAUUCUUGAAGCAGCAAUUUAUUUAUGUACAUAAAAAUAUUAAUUUGUACUAAUAGAACGAUAGCUUUUUUAUUUGAAUAGCUUUAGCUUUCCAUUUUGUAGUGCGGAUUCUCGAUUUUUCAGAGAAGCUUCCAAUUUACUCAGGUUCUUAGUAAAUUCUCUUUGGAUUCUAUGUUGUCUUUUUGAAUGUUUGUUAUACAGGGCCCGGCAUAAAAACCUGACGAUUUUUGAGGGAUAAUAACUAAAGUGUCUUUCGUACAAUUAAAUCAUAUGAUUUAUCAAACUGAAGAUCAAGUUUUGCAAUUUAUAGUGAAUUACAUAGAUUACUCACAAAGUUUUUUAUUUGUAGAUUAUGUCAUCCAAAUGAUUUCCGUUACUUUUCACACACUCACUUAACCUAAUUCUAAAAUUUGCCAUUGCUCGCUCAAUCAUCACUUGUGGAAUUGCUUCAAUUUCUCGUUGAAUGACUUCCUUUAGUUCUGUGGAUUAUUGGCUGCUCAAUAACGGUAAUUUUGUUUAUUCACAAAUCCCGAAAAAUGAAAAUGUUUCUCGUCACUUGAAAGAAUAACGGCAUCCUGGUGGAAAGUUUUGAGAAUGAUCUCGCAAGCGGCUUUGCAAUGUGCCCAAUAAUUUGCAUUAUGUUGUUACACUAACAUUAUCUUAUACAGAUGAAAUUUUAGGUCGGAAUGAAGAAUUCGUCAUACACUUCGAUCAGAAAUGGCUAGCGCAACAGCAUGUUUCGCUGCUGAACGUCGUGGAGACCAUGUAACAGCUACUCAGGCGUUUUUGAGGCUUUCUCACGGUUCGUUUUCGUCCUGUUGGUUUCGUUUUUAAAGCGGACAACGUGUUCCUGGAAUUCUUUACCCACAAGAUCGUAUUCCUACUGGGAACAGGCGCGUGUCGAUUUAAAUUAUAGAAAUGUCUGCAACAUAAACGCUGUGUUAAAAUAACUGAGUCUUUAUUUUUAAAACAAGCUUCAAUCACAAUCGCUUGAUGUUCACUCGACCACGACAUACUGGCUACUGAAAUGUCAAGAAUAGACCUAUCGAUGUACAACAUUCCCGCCUUUUCAAUGACAGUGGUUCAAAUAUAACAAUUACUAAAAAAUCGUCAGAUGCCGGUCUCUGUAUAUGAUUUAUUAGUGGAUAAAGUAGGAGUGAGCGAUGCUAAUGUUUGUUCACGUGGUCUAGAAUAGAAGUUUUCUACCUUACUUUGAAUCAGUGGUAAUGCUAACUGAACCUUCCAGAACUAUUCCCGUUUUCCUAAAUUCAAGGCUCAAUUCUUAGUACUUUCAGUAAAAUUUAACCUGCUAAUAUUAGUUUAAUCUUAUCCGAGUUUCCAACAACUGAUCAAAAUUAAAUAAUAAAAGAACUUGAAACUGUCGCCAACUUUUACCUAUAAAUAUUAAUAAGUGUUCGUGGAAAUUUUUUGGCGUAUUAUUUGGAUUUAACUUAUACUAGAUCAUCUCUUUGACAAAUACAGAGAAACUUGAUCAAGAUGUCAACUUUAAUAAAUACUUUCGAAAACGAAUUCUCUUUUUAUAAUUUGAAAAAAAUAUUAAUAUGAGAUAACGAUUAUGAUGAUCAUAGUACUUUCAGUAAAAUUUAACCUGUUGAUAAUCUUAUCCCAGUUUCCAACUGAUCAAAAUCAAAUAAAAGGACUUUAAAUUGUUUAUGAUUAAUUCAUUAUUAUUAAAUGAUAAUGAAAAUUAAUGAUUAGCUUUGAUAAAGAAGAGACAUUAUCUGGAUGUAAUAUAAAAAAUCAGUCGGCAUGCAGGUAAUUUUUAUAUUAUUUUGUAGUAUGACAAUUUUAUACUUGACAGGUGGAAUCAUUAGUGUUUAAUUCUGGAUUUUUUUGUACUCAUUUUGUAGAUUUAUAAUCAUCAAGCUGUUUAGCUCAUCUCGUCAAUUGAAAUCAAAAUUAUAAAACACAGAGAACUGCUCAGCAAGUAGACGUCAGUUUUAUGCAGUAAAUCUUUGCCCAGUUGCAUUAUUCUAGCUUUUGAUAAUGUUAUUUUUUAAACGACUUACUCUUUCUGGGUCAUCUUGAAACAAAUGGGAUUGGAAAUCACUAUCACUGUUCUGUGUAUAAUCUCAGAAUAAACAAGUUUAUCAAGUUUUCUCUGGUAGAAUUUAAUAAGUGCGACUCAAUUUUACAUAAUUUACUUGAGAACUUGAUUUUUCAAUAAUUAUUAAUUAUUUAUUGAAUACUCAUUUUAAAAAUAUAUACUCUUUAAUUUCGGGAAAAUAGACAUUGCAUGGCUUCUACAUUUCAAGCAAUGACAUUUCUAGUUUUCAAACUAUUAGAUAUUACCUGUAUAUUUCAGAGAUAACUUUUUAAUCACAAAGUUUUAUAUAUAAUAGUUUUGUAAAAUUAAGGUAUUAGAAUAAUGUAAUUUUAUAUAAUAAUCAUUUUACUUACAAUCUAAUCUGAGAUUUUUCAUGAUCUCAAGUGAUAGAAAAAUGCAUUAUUCAGAUUAUAACUAAUCGCCCUAAAACAAUUUUCUACUGAAUAUUUUGAUUUACUUCCUUAUCAAAAAUUAUUUUUUAAUCAAAAAGUCUUGUAUUGAUCCAGCACAAUUUUACUGCCUUUGCUUUCUCUCUGAAAAAUAGCUCCCUAUUCUUUGAAUGUUCUGUCAUGAAGAGGAUAUGGCUUUUUCGUUAAUUAUUCUGAAUUCACUAAUACUCCUAUAAUUUAGAUAGACUAUCUUCAGAAUAUUGCAAGAUUGCUCAUUGUUCAAAAUAAAUACAUAUCUUCCUUUGUACAUAUUAUAGAUAUAGCCUUAUUUAACUUUUUCGAUAUAUUGAGCAAUUUUUCGAUUCUUGUCUAGUGGAGAGUUGCCCUAAUUCUGUGUUUGGACGUUAGAAGACAUAAGAAAUGACUGUAAAAAUUGGACCAAUUUUGUUUCAUGCAUAAUUUUUAUAAACCGCACUUUUGAGUAGAAUUUUGUAUUGAAACUUUUUUGGUUCACUAGUCAUAAUUUAGAGAUUUUUGCAUUCUGUUACAAUAUUCAAUGUAGAGCAAUAACAAAGUCACUCAAUUUCAAUUCAAAUUUUUGCCAUCAGUGAUAAAUGGUUACACAUUGGUUUGAAUUGUGUGACUUUUCGACCACUCUGUAUUUGCUACCGUAUUGGGAAACUUUCAAUUAUACUGUACAUUGAAUAGUGCAAAAGCAUUAGGCAAUUAAUUACAAAAAAUGUGUUUUUUAGAAUAAGUAUCUGCAUACAAUAACUUCCAUUACUAUUGUAGGAAGCUCAUACUGGAUGUAUUAUGCGAUACUACUCUAUAACAAAAUGUCAAUCAUAUAUGCAAAUAGUAUCCGAGUGUUUUGAUUUGUUGAAUUUUGGAAGAUAGGUCUCAAAAUAUUGCUAUACAUUGAAAAAUCAUCUCACCCGCAUUAAAGCUACUGUAUUUCUAGCUGAUAUAAUUGAAGAAUAAUCUCUUUAGUAAUUUUAAACUUUAUUGUUGGAAUCGAAAUGCAUUUGGAUGGAAAAAAUAUAAUUAAAUUCAAUUUAGCCUACUCAUGAAUAAAAUAAGUGAGAUUAAAUUACUUUACUUUUCUGAAUGGACUCAGUUCACUAAUAUAUAAAUUUGUUGUUUACUUUCUUACUACUAUAGUUUACUUUCAAAAUUUUUCAAUGCCAUUGAAUCGAACAAUAUUCUAUUCCAUAAAUAUUCGUUAUUUUCCAUAUUUUGUAUUAUUAAUAUGAGAUUCCUGAAUCACUUACUAUAUUCCGGUUGGGUUUAUAUUUGCUGAUACGAUGCAGAUUUUAUAGUUGAGUGGAACCUUUCAUAUUCCCUUAAUAAGCAUCAAAACAGAAUUUUUGUACACAGUUUAACAAUAUAUGGAAAGUGUCGAUUAAUCGGAUUUUUUACUUCGAGUGAAAAUCAAUAACAUUAGCAAUAUUUUCAAUUGCAAUACUGUUCAUUUUAUAUAUAAAUGAUGUACAUUGUCCCUUCUUCAUAGACGUAUUGGAGCUCUAUUUACCAUUUUGAUUUUCAGCCAGUAUUUUUAGGUGGUCAUAAGCUUUUAAAUGAUUUAUUUUCACUGUGUACUAGAUAGCUGUAAUCAGCUACUGUAGUCAAAUUAUUGUAUAAAAUUUUAUUUGUGUUAUUGUCUUGUAUAUGUUUUAUAUUUGUUAAAAUUGUUAUAUUUUUGAUUAAAGCAAUGAAAUUGAUCCAAUUCCUCAUUUUGUACCUGAAAUUGUACACAAUUUUAUUUUGUAUAAAAAUAUUAUGAUACUCAAUAUUGGUUUCCAAUAAUUCGAUCUGUUAAGAUUUUAACUUGUCAAUUCUUUUCAAAUCAAUCAAUCAUAGCUAUAGAUACUUCAUUUGUUCCAAGAAUCAAUUGUAUCUGAUUUUGUUAAAAGUAAAAAUUGAGGAUGGAAGUUUGAAAUAUUUUUGAAAUAAAUUAUUAUCAAACGGA